UAAACGUACAAAGAAGAAAAACGUUUAUCAUCAAUAUUCAUCGCAGUAAUGACCAGGAACGUAUCAGGGUAUUUUAGAUGUAUUUUACAGGCGCGUACCCCAGGUUUUACUGAAGGGGGUUCGAAAUUUUAUGUAUCAUAUGGGAAAAGGAUAGUAUUUGAUGAUCGUUCAAUGGGAAAUUACGCACUGCCCAUCCCCCUGGGUAGGCGCCUGUUUCUUGUUGUUAAAGUAAAGAAACAAAGAAGCGUAAAGCAGACGAAUUCUUAUCAUACUUACAGAUGCAGGAAAGAAAUAAAGAUGCACACAGCAUGCGAUAUUAUACUUGUAGUUACGGUGGAGAAAAAACGAACAAGUGCCUUGCAACAACUGAGUAGUUUCGACUCAUUCUAAAUGCCAAAAGAUAACAAGUUCUAUAACAUAACCUUCAUAUUAUCUAUUGUGAUUUAAUGAUAUACAUUUUUGUCGUUUCCUUGCUGUAAGCCAAAUACAGCAUUUGACAGAACGUACAAUGUCAACGCAUUAGAAAUGAAUGGUUAAUGAUCAGAACUGUCUAUACUUCUGGUUCCAGCGGUUUUCAAUCAUUCCACCUCUUCGAAAGGCGCUGUCAAUCAAAGCAUCGCGGUCCAACAGUUGGAAAUUAUUGUGGAGAGUUCACAGAAUAAUGCAAUAAUAACAGAUUGUUACGGGAUGAAAUCAUCCAUAUUUUAUCAUGAUAAACAAUUUUUUAAAAGAAGUAAAAACAAUUUUAGACAUCAAUAAUUCAUCUUCACAAACGUCAAAAGACGAACGCAUUAGAGCGAAAGAAUUAUAUCCCGAGUACGUUGCGCCGAUAGCCAGCUUCCCCGGAUGAUCGUCGGUGUCAACUACGUAUUAGCUUGACACAAGGAAGAAAACAUGAUUUUUAUGGUAAAUUUUUUCGUUUUUGCAAGUCUUAAAUUCCUCGCUGAAGCUGGCGACGUUUGCCAGAUAUCUUCAUCAGUAGAAGGAACACUUUCUGGCAAACGACUUGUCAAUCAUAUCAUCCGCCAAGUUACUGGCAGCAACCGAAUGCAGUGCUACGCAGACUGUGAAAACGAUCAGCGCUGCCAGAGCAUCAACUAUCUUUACGACACCAUGACUUGUGAGCUGAAUAAUCGGACAAAGGAGGCGAGACCGGACGAUCUGGUGGACUAUGAUAGCGGCUGGUAUAUGCGGCGGGAUAACAAAGUUGCACUUGGAUCCAUCAAGGAGCUACCUGGAGCCAGCUGCGAGGAGAUAAAAUUAAGCGAUGAAAGCUCGACAACAGGCUGGUACUGGAUGGAUGUCAACAACACGGGAAACGCGUCACGCGUGGUGUGUGACAUGGAGAUGAAAGAUAUUGACGAAUGUGCAUCUGGGAGCCACAAGUGCCAGGCAAAGACCACGUGUAACAAUACGAAGGGAGGUUACAACUGCACGUGUGUUUCAGCAAUGUACUACCCGGUUAGCCCCUACAAAUGCAGUGAAAUGAACUGCCAAUACUACGCUCUAAAGGGAUUUUCAAGUGGAAUCUACGACAUCGAAUACUACAAUAAAUCGACGGGAGUUCAGUCAAUGCAAGUGUAUUGCCAAAUCGACAAGUCAAUACCUAAGGGUUGGCUGGUAUUUCAAAGACGUCUUGAUGGUAGCGUCGACUUUAAAAGAGACUGGGCCACCUACAAAACUGGUUUUGGUAACCUGUCAGGCGAGUUCUGGAUGGGUCUUGAAAAGAUUCAUCAACUGUCCUAUCAAGAGCCGAUGGAGCUCCGCGUGGAGUUAGAGGACUGGGACGGGAAUAUGCGGUACGCUGAGUACAGCGGCUUCUAUGUGGAUACCGAAGCAGCAAACUACAGACUUAUAUUUUUUGGCUAUAGUGCAGGAGAUGCCGGGGACUCCCUUAAAGCGCAUAAUGGAAUUGCCUUUGCAACAAUUGAUCGGGAUGACAGUGCUAAAUGUGCUAACACCGUCAAAAGUGGGUGGUGGUUUAUGGGAUGCCACUUCGCGAACUUGAAUGGCCUCUACAACGUAGGUGGUACUUGUGCUCGUUUAAAAGGCAUAAAUUGGGACACUUGGAGAGGACUUAGAUACUCUUAUAAAAAGGCAAGGAUGAUGAUGGUUCCAACAGGAUAACCGCCACACGUUUACGGCUACCUUCCCUGCUAGCAGAGGCCUCUUUUCUCUAGCCCAGCGAAAUAAAGAGAAGAGAGGCCUCUCAGGGAAACGGCUACAGUAAAAGCUCUAGUAAGCCGGGGGUCCUUUGCCUUUUUUUCUUUUAUUGAAAAGGGGAGGUGUUAAUUAAUUAAUUCUGAUUUCCCAUGUUUUUUGGAAUGGCCACUCAAAUAACUUAAAUGCUAAUGUAUACCGCACGUCUUUUUUUUCUGACAACGCAUUUACUGCCGCCUUUUUGUCGUUAAAGAAAUCUGAAAUUUGGUAUUUGCAUAGCGUACAGUAAAUUAUCAUCGCGACAUGAUCAAGUCAGUAUACAUGCCGACUGCCGAUAACGAACGCAAUACUCAUUCGUGAGAGUGAGCUUUUAAAAUGUUUAAAGUCCGCAGGUCCGACUUUCGUCUGAAAAAAAAGUUAUUUUGUUUUUAUUUUGAAUAUUCACAGCUUGCAUCACUUUUUCAAAAUACAACUUCCCCUGUAUUAUUUGAUACUUUAAAAAUAUAGCUGAGCUGUUUUAGUUAUAUGUUAUAGGAUGAAUUGAAAUUCAUCGUGAUGAAUUGACUUAUGAUAAACUCAGUAAUAACUUGGACCAGGGAAGUUUGCUGAUUGGACAGACGUAGCAUUUGGUAAUUUGUAGUAAAACUUAGUCCCUUGUGUUUGAGGGAUUUUUAGCUGGUAAUGAGACAAGAGAGGCUCGGGUUUUGACAGGAAAUCCGCAAGGAACGCCCAGUUUUAGGCUGGUAUCGGGUGUUAGGCUGGUAUCGGGUGUUAGGGUGGUAUCGGGUGUUAGGCUGGUAUCGGGUGUUAGGCUGGUAUUGGGUGUUAGGCUGGUAUCGGGUGUUAGGCUGGUAUCGGGUGUUAGGCUGGUAUCGGGUGCUAGGCUGGUAUCGGGUAUUAGGCUGGUAUCGGGUGUUAGGCUGGUAUCGGGUGCUAGGCUGGUAUCGGUUGUUAGGCUGGUAUCGGGUGUUAGGCUGGUAUCGGGUGUUAGGCUGGUAUCGGGUGCUAGGCUGGUAUCGGGUGUUAGGCUGGUAUCGGGUGUUAGGCUGGUAUCGGGUGCUAGGCUGGUAUCGGUUGUUAGGCUGGUAUCGGGUGUUAGGCUGGUAUCGGGUGUUAGGCUGGUAUCGGGUGUUAGGCUGGUAUCGGGUGUUAGGCUGGUAUCGGGUGUUAGGCUGGUAUCGGGUGUUAGGUUGGUAUCGGGUGUUAGGCUGGUAUCGGGUGUUAGGCUGGUACCGGGUGUUAGGCUGGUAUCGGGUGCUAGGGUGGGGAGGGUACGGGUGCUUCUAGACCCCCCUCCCCUCCCCCCAAAAAAAACACCACAUCUGAGCACUUCUUAGAAGUCAUAUUUGUAGAUGAAGUAAAUGAGAAAGGAAAUAAUAAGAGUAAUAAAAGUAAUAAGAGUUAAGAAAUAAGGUCCAAGCAUAAAGCACACGAAUUCUUGUCAUACUUGCAAUUUCAGUAAAGAAAUAAAGGAAAAGUGUAUUGCAAAA